UUAGUGCAUCAUUUAUUGCAUCAGAUAAUAAUAUGCCACAACCAAUUGGUAAUAGUCCUACUUCAAGUCGACCAGUAACUCAAACUCAUCCUUUAGCGAUUUAUACAAGUCGAUUACUUAAUUUCCCUGGUCUUCCCGAACCUGUUAAUGGUCCAUCAAAUAAUA